AUGCUCUGGCUUCUGAUCAUCUUUCUCCUACUCAUUUCUCCUGACCUUAUUAUCCAUGUCAAUCGAUGUCGCGCAUACACCACUGUUCUCGAUCUCAUACAUAUCUGUACUUAUGAACCACACUUAGCUUAUGUCAUCUUAGUAUUCGUAAUUUCUAUGUGACAUAGUAAAUGUGGUGUAUACGUUUGCAAAUAUGCUGAUGUAUGCAUUCGACAUGCUAGUGCGCGACGAACAUGGGAAGGAAAUGUUGCAAUUAAAAUGCUUGUGUUUAAAAUUGUGGAAGGAAAACAAACUACUGCUCUUGUUCGCAAGGGAUCAAAAUUACAACCUAUAGCACCUACAGUCAAUUUUACAAGUCAUUGUUCGAUCAUUGUACCGAAGGAAACGGAUGAUCUUGACAAACAAUUCGACCAAUCUCAGAUAUUUUUGUAUGAAUUUGAGGGUCGAGAAACAAUCAAACGACCUCAUCAUUGCUUACCAUAUGCUGUUGUUAGUUUAAUACAGGAUGGAAGUCAAUGGCCAACAAAUUUUGAUAAUGUGGAUAAUGAACCAAACAUUUUGGAAACAGAUACUCUACGGGUGAUUGCACACGCUGAUGAUCCCUUGUUGCAAAAUAAAUUAAACGAGAAUGUCGAAUUAGCCGAAACAGCAACCCUUGCAUUAGAACACGUUUAUGAAGAAGAUCCGCCCAUUCAGACGCCACAACCAUCACAGUCAUCCUCAUUACCAAUUGCUGACGGAGAACACGAACAACAGACAUCGUCACAAGAAUCCGGAAAUUCCGGAAUGAUACCAGCAGUGACAACGACAUCAUCAGAUAAUACAUCCAUUCCUACAGUUAAUGGCGUCGAUGUACCAUCUCCGACGCCCCCAAAUGAACAUCCAUCUACACUUUCAAAUGACACACAGGCAGAUACCACCGACAGUUCUUUGAAUCUAACAGUGCCACUUUCACUUCCGCCACCAUCUUCAAAUGCAACUACAAAUCCUACUACAAAAACAGCAUCUGAAGCUACUGUGAUACCAGUCACUGCACCAACUGCGACUGUUCAAGCUGUUUAUAGACAGCAAACAGGUCUCUUAGGAGCGCUACCAAGUGCGGCAGCUCUACGUUCGGUCCCAGGUGCUGUCUAUGCUACAACAAAUGGCUUGUCUAAUGGUCUUCCCGGGCAAAUAGUAUAUAGUGGUGUUCCAGUAGAUGCUUUCCGUGGUUUUCCAACUGCAGCAACUGCUUCGGCGACCGGUACGCCAUAUGUAUUGGCUGCACAUGCUGGCCAAGCAAUGCAACAACCUGCGCUCUACGCUGCUCAAUUACAAGCUAUUGCUCAGCAGCAACAAGCAGCCCAGUUAGCCGCUGUAGCAGCAGCUCAACAACAGCAACAGCAACAACAACAAAGUUUUAUGAAUGGCUUACCAGCAAAUUGUAUGGUUGUACGUACAGCCAACGGUGGUUAUGCUCUAAUGGCACAAUCUCCAACGGCAUCCGCUGCGGCUGUUGCUGCCUUACAAACACAAGCACCUCUUACACAACAGCAGUAUAUUUCCAUAAAUGCAGCUGGCCAACCAACAGCGAUGGGUGCGACAGGGGCGGCACGAGUUCCUGUUGCCUUGGUUGGCGGGCAGCCGCAAUCGAUUUUUUAUCAAUAUGCUGGACAACCAACGAUGCAGACAGCUCUAUCCCCAUAUAUUCAAAUACCAAUGAAUUAUGGUCAACAGCAACAACAAAAUCAACUAUCAACUAGUCCUACUAUGCAAUCCGUCAAUUCGGCAACUUCUCAAGCUUAUACAAGUCAAUCACCUAUACAGUAUAUAGGUGCACCACAAGCAGCCAAUAAUAAUGUAACUAAUUCUGCAUCGGCUACAGUUGUAUCACCACCCUCUACACUUCAAUCUCAAGCAACACCGACCAUUAUUUCACCACAAAAACAAAGUGCAGCAUCUGCAACAGCUGCUGCUCUCCAACAACAACAACAGUAUCAACAUCAAUAUCCAUCCACCUCAUCCCAACAACAACAACAGCAGCCAGCUAUAAAUGGUGCUUACGGCACUGGUCUUUAUUACACAACACUAGCACAAGCCCAAGCCCAACAACAACAACAACAACAAGCAGCUCUUCUAGCACAACAGCAACAGCAACAGCUUAAUCUGAUCUCUCAAAUGCCAUAUGCAACUCAACAAGGAAUUUCACAGCAGAUGUAUUAUGCAACAUCCGGUGGCCAAGCAAUUUACCAGGCAGGCAGUCAAAGUUAUGUAAUUGCUCAACCAGGCAUAACUACAACUGGUGCUCCAGCAAUAUAUUCAGCAGGUCCCGCAUUACAUAAUGGUGCUACCCAACAGCAAUCGGAUUCACCCCAACAACAACAACAGCAACCAGCGCAACUUGUACAACGUCCAAGUGUUUUAUCACAAGUGCGACAUCAUCCAUAUAGAAACUAA